AUGCCGAUGGUGAGAGUAGCGACCAAUAUUCCUGACAAGGAUGUUCCUCCUAAUUUUGAGGAACGUCUCACUGACAUAUUGGCGGAGUCCAUGAAUAAGCCCCGAACCAGAAUUGCAGUCGAAGUUUACGCUGGCCAGCGUAUCAUGCAUGGAGGUGUACGAAAUCCUGUGGUCAUAAUCAAGGUGGAGUCUAUAGGCGCUUUGGAACCCGAAAAAAACAUUCGACACACGGAACGAGUCACACAGUUAUGUCAAGAUGUUCUACAUGUACCGAAGGAUAAGGUUGUGAUCAGUUAUUUCGAUUUGGCUCCAACAAAUGUUGUGAUCAGUUAUUUCGAUUUGGCUCCAACAAAUGUUGGCUUCGGUGGUACUACAGUGGCCGCUGCAACCGUCUAG